AUGUCUGCCCCUUCAUCCGCCCUGUCCGCCGCCGCCGCCACCGCCCCGACGCCGCAAGAAACCCUUCUGAGCGCUCCCGAUGGAGCACUCCACUGCAAGAUCUUCGCCAACUGGCAAGACGAGGACGAGGCCAUCAAGAAUGGCAAGUUCGCCAGCCUGCACGACGAGGAGGGGGUCCUCGCCAUCUUCUGCGACGGGUCGGCGUCGGCGCCGUACAACGAGCAGGGCGACUGCUGGACCGGCUGUUCGGCGGUCUACCGGAAGCCCGGCACGGCCGAGUGGGUGAAGAACGGCAAGCCGCUGCCGCACUUCAAGCGCAGCGGACCGGCCGAGGUGGCCGGCCUGGACUUGGCCCUCGAGGUCGGCCUCGACAAAGUCGCGGAGCAUCCGGCCGUCCGCGCCAUCUCGGUCGUCAAGGUCUUCACCGACUACAUGCCGGUUCUCGACGUCCUCCAGGGGUUGGCUGUGGCUGGUCAGGACGGGUCGCCGGCGACCGUCCUCCACAGGCUCCCCAAGGAGACGAUGCAAAGCAUCGUUGAUCGUGACAUGGUACUGGCUCGCCAGUAUGGUGUCACCGUCGAGCUGUACUGGGUGAAGUCACACAAGGGCGUGCCGGGCAACAAGAUCGCCGACAGGGUCGCCAAGGACUACAGGCCGGACAGGCUCGAGCCGGACAACUACCCGGUGCCGAGCAGGGGUCCGGCCAGGUCCAAGGCGGCCAGGCAGCAGAAGGCGCAGAGGAAAGACUCCGAGAUGCGGGCGGCCCAGGCGAUAAUGGCCGAAGAACAUGGGGAGGAGGCCGACAGGGCCGACAAGGACAAGUUUUUCGCUGGGAUGGUGCCCGAAUCCGAGAGGCUGAGGAUGGAGGCGGAGAAGGAGAAGCCGGAGGAGAAGCCCAAGGACGAUAUAGACUUGGAGAUGGAUGCGUUGAUGAGAGAUUUGGCAAGGCCUCCGCCUUGGUAA